AUGUUUAAUCAAUGGACUAAUUGCAUACUUUCUAUCAUCAUUCUAUUUUUCUUCAUAUGUGCAAAUGUAUAUGGUAUUACGUGUAACUACUAUGAAAGAUUGUGCUUUGACUACUAUCGUUUUACUUGGUGCUGUUUAAGAAAUGAACCCUGCGGAACUUAUUCCAUACAAUGCUCUUCUGAUCGAACAACAAAAAAACCUUUUUCAACAUAUUCAUCCACUAUGCCAACAUCUCUUAUCGUUCUUCUAAUCGUCAUGUUGAUCUUUUUCAUUGGUUUAUGUUUGAGCUGUUGCAUUUCUUCCAAGCGAAAACAGCAACAACGUACACGUGCUUCUAUUCCGACUCGGAAUAGACCGAGAAUAAUACAUCAACAUCAACAACAGCCAUCACAAACCGUUCGUAUUCCCCCAGCUUAUAAUAUCAAUACUGCACCAGCUCCUAGUAUACACGAAGAAUCGCCACCAUCAUUUGCACGAAUUCCUAGUCUUUACGAAGAACCACCCCCAUCAUAUGAAGUUGCAAUUGCUGGUCUUUCACUCAAAUAUCAAUCAGAACAACCACCACCACCACCUGUAACAGCAAGUGUUGAAAUUGAGAGUACACGGCUUUAA